AUGCUGCAACACCUUCUUUUGAACUUCAAGUAUUACAUUAUCAUAAAUUUGUUAUCUCUGAGAUAAAAAAAGGGUCUUGAAAUUAGGCUGAUAUUAUUAAUCGCUUUAUUUUUGAACAUUCUCCCUAAGGCUAAAAAUAAAACGAUAACUGUAAAAAAUAACCACAAACAAACUUCACCCCUAUGAGAUACAAAUCUCUGCAUUGCUUCCUCUAUUUUUAAAUGUUCUACACCUUAAAAAUGACUGGAUUGAAUAUAAUGUAACAUCUUGCAACCCUGAGUAUGAUUGGUAUGAAUAUUUGUUGAUGGUUAAUAACUAAGAAUUUUGACUAAAGAGGAUGGAAUUCAGUUCUGAAAACUGUAUUAAAAAAUGACUUUUUUUGCAAAACAUUAUUAAUUAAAAGGCUUGUGGUCCAUGUGAAUUUGCAUUCCAUCCCAAUGAGAAUUUUUUUUUAUAUAAGAAUAAAUGUGUGCAUGAAGUUGCAGGUAGUCUUAGCUCAUAGAGAGGAGGGGAUUUUACACAUCCAUGCAAACAUGCCACUGGGAGGAAACAUACUUAUUUGAAUGUGCAAAUCUGCAGGUGUGUUACUCUCCUGGUGUCUUUCAGGUGUUUGCUCCACUGAGAAGAUGGCUGAGGCUUUUGCCUAUGAGAGUUCAGAUAUUGACUGGUGUGAAGACAACUACAAAUAUUCAGAACAUGUAGUGGAGUAUUUUAAUACAAUGAGCAGCUUCUUUUUCUUCAUCAUCUCUCCUGUCAUGCUUUACCUGAUGCAUCCUUACGCCAAACAGAGGAGUUUGGCAAUUCACCUCGUCUGGAUUAUGAUGAUUUUUGUAGGGCUUUUUUCUGCAUACUUUCACAUGACUCUCAGUUUUGUGGGUCAGAUGUUGGACGAGCUGUCCAUCGUGUGGGUGUUGGCAGUGGGAUAUUCCAUGUGGUUUCCUCGUAAACUCUUCCCCUCGUUCAUCAAAGACAGGACCACGUUUUCGAAGCUGGUCUUCACCAUCACAGUCAUCACUUCGAUCUCGUCGUUUGUCAAACCAACAGUCAACGCCUAUGUCCUGAACUGCUUCGGCCUCCAUCUGCUUUACACUCUGGCCCUCGAGAUGAGAUGCUGCACCGACCAGAAGGCUCUGCGUCUCGCCAAGCUGUCCGUGGCUCUGUGGGCGCUCGCCAUCACCUGCUGGAUCAGUGACCGUUUCAGCUGCAGCUUCUGGCAGCAGCUAAACUUCUGCUAUCUGCACGGCAUCUGGCACAUUCUGAUUGUGAUGGCUGUGGCUCAUGCCACCACCCUGAUUGCGUACCUGGAUGCCAACAAUGAAAUACCGUACUCCCUGCCCGGACUGCAGUACUGGCCCUCUGAUAAAUGGACUGUAGGACUUCCUCACAUUGUUCUAAAGGGAACACCCAAAACCAGAAAGCGAUGCUGAUUGAAGUGUAGUCAAUUGUUGGACUUUUUUUUGACAAUUUUCGUUAUGCAAAGGGAAGCAGGUAAAUGAUACCUAUUCAAUUCAAAUUAGACAAAUCUAUUCUGUUUUACAACAUACAAAGCACAUAGCAAAACUCUGCUGCCUUUUUCUUCUGUACGACUUUUGCACAGAAGGGUGUUAAAAAAAAAAAAAAGGAAUCCACGAAUAAAUCUUUACUGUGGUAAAAUUCUGGCUUUACAACAGCUAGCAUUAAGAGAAAACUACAAAUGAUUUGUCUGUGCAGUCAGCGUAAGUAAGGAAUUAUUAUAAAUAUAUGGAGUAAAACUAUGACAUCAGCUGUCAUGGAUAUUUUAACUAUUUCAUUACAUAUUAUUAUUAUUAUUAUUAUUAUUAUUGCUUUUAGCAAACCAUGCACUUAACUAUUUAGAAAAGUGUCUAUUAGAGUAGUAUUUUGAGCUUUUUAGGUUUAUAAAUUAUUUAUACAAGUGAAUUAAAUACUUUUACAUCAAUUGUAUUUCAGUAACAAAGAAUGUGAUCAUUACAUGUUUUGGUGCUUUUCUGUGCAUAGUAGUAACACUGAUAAACAAAACAAGUGUAAUUAUGUUUAAAAAAUAUUGAAAAUUGUUAUUAUUGUAAUUUUUAUGUUAAUAAUUUAAGGAAGUUUGCUUACAUAUUAAUUUAGAAAUCAAACGUAUUCCUUUUUUAAAUUGAUGUUAUUACAAGAUUUUUCUGGACAUAGAAAAAAGUUUUAUAUUUUUUUUGUGUGCUCUCAAUGAUUGCUCUUUAUACCACUUUUGCUGCCAUCUUUAUUUCGCUUUGUGUUACCUGCAAUCUUUGCAUUUUUGCAUUUAACCAGAACAGCAGUGUGGUUUCUUGUGUGGCUUACGAUCUUUUUUUUUUUUUUUUUUUUAACCAUAAAUUAGUCUUGUUAUCAUUUGCAAAAAGGACAAUGUGUGUUAUCUCAGUUUACCAUUUUCUUUAUUUUUACUUCAUCGAUUUAAUGCACUGCGCAUGCUCUGGAUGAUUGAGAACAGUAACACUUGAAAACUAAAGAUUGUAAUUUUUUUAACCUUUUUUAAUAUUUCAUCAGGUUUCUAAUUGUUUAGAUUUGUUUUUGUAAGUAAGUUUAUCACGCUUCGUCUGUAAACAUAUUUUGCAAAAUUUCUUUUAAAGAUGUUUGAGCAUUGUUACAAACUGCAAUACAUGAAAUCUAUCUCAAUAUCCUUCUGAAGAACUACACUCCAGCAAGCUCUAUGACCUACGGGAGUGACAUAAAUAUUUAAAGUAUCCUAAUGGUAUGCUGUGAGGAGAAAUAAACCAAACUUUUAAUUUUAUUUUUUUAUUUACAUAAUCUGUAACACAAUACAUGUUAGAACUAAACAGAUCUUGUUUAUUUUAAUGAUUUUUAUAAUAAAGAUUAAAACAAACUUCAGUGUAAUCUUUGGGAGAUUUUUAACUAAAGCGUAUUUAUAUAUGUAAAAUAUUUAAAAUGAAAAGAAAAGACAUUGUAUAUGGAAUUUUACUUUUCAUGUUGAUCUGGGAAUGCACUGAUUUUUCAUGAAUCUUAAGCAUCUUUUUUUCCGUUAACUUGAUCAAUUUCUGCUGGAAGUUGUUUCAUUAAAAAAAAUUGUGUUAAAUUGUUGAAUUGUUUUUUGGUAAAUUUCUCAUUUCCAGUUUAGAACAAACACAUUUUUCUUAGCAUCCAUUGUUAUUGAAGAUCUUUUUAAGGUUAAUCCUGGUAGGACGCAUCUCUUUAUCACCACGGCAACGAAAUGAUGAAGACCAUCUUCUUAUGGAGUAGCAGUCCUGCAACACAUUAAGCUGCUGCUUAUUGUGACAGAGAAACUAAGUUAUAUAGAUUUAUAUUUUUAGCAUUUCAACAUGAACUGGCAGUGGAAAAAAAAUUAAGAGAUUGUCAGAGGAAUAAAAAUUAAAUAACUUUUUAGGAUCUGACUUCUUUUUUGUAUUUUGGCAUUUUUUUUUAACAUAGAAUGUUGCACAUUAGUUAAAUUAUUCUUUGUUAAAUUGUCUACUUGUGACAUAAGUAGAAUGGAGCUGACAAAAUCUUAAUUAAUAUGGUAAAAUUUAUGCAAAAGUAGAAGGAAAACUUUGGGUUGUUAUUUUGGGUUCCUUACAAACAUGUUUUAUCUACACUGGAAUUUUAGCUGUCUUACCCUCAGUAAAUGCAAAAAUAGCCAAAAUAGAUAGCAUUAUGCUAAAACAACAGCUACAUUCCAAAAGAGCUUAAAAAAGAAAACUGUAGUUGCCAAAAAUAAACAAAAACAGCUAACAUGUUGCUUAACUAUUAACUAAAUGCCAAAUUAGCUUAAAAACCAUAACGGAUGGCAAAAUAGUAAAAAAAAAAAAAAAAGCUGGCAUGCAUUAUUUGUCAGAAGCAUAUGUUUAAAUGAGCAUUAACACUAGUUUAGCUGAAAAAAUACGUUUGUUUGACUUUAAAAUAAAUAUAAAAUAAAACAGCACCGACAGAUUUUUUUAAAUUGUCAAACACUAUUCACCAGUUAAUUUAAGAAAUAUUCUGUGACGUUCUGUGGUUUGUCACUAGAGGGCAGCAACAUGCUGAAUUAUUAAAUACAGUGUAAUUGUUUAACAAAGAACUAUUAUCUUUUUUUUAUGCAGGAAAUAGAUUUAACUAAAAAAUACUUACUUACUGCAGCCUUGGCUGUUUGUAUUUUUUCCUUUUUGGUUUUUGCAUCAUUGCACAAUAACAGGCCACUGGGUGUGGAAAAGCAUCAUAAAACCAAUAAACCUGAAUUUAUUUCUUUCAUUGAAGACAAAAACACUUGAAAAACAUUUCUAGUUCUGGGAUUAUUAAAGUUUUGUUUACUUUAUUCUCUGGUUGACAGAGUGGUAAGAUGGGGAAAGAUUUUUUUUAUUAAAAUGCACAGAAAGUGUCUUGUAUCAUUUAUGAGGCAAAAAAGUUAUUAUCCCGUAAGAAAAGCUUUCAAUUCUCAGCUAAGAUUUUAUACUAGCAUUAUAAAUAAAAAUAAAAGAUAAAAACACAUAAUUUAAGGUAAACCACAAAUGAAGUACACAUAAAUCAGAAAAAAUCAGUUUCUGGUGAUUGCUUGCUGUUAAAAGGGGGCUGUUUGCCUAAAGAAGAUAUAAAGAAAAGGAUGUGCAUGUGUGAACUGUAUUUGUAUUAUUUGUCCCUUGUGAUUAAAAAAAGUAUUAAAGAUCUUUAUCAAAUUGUUCAUUGCCUUUCUCUGGCUUGAAGAAAAAAAAACUAACAAAUCUCAGCUGCUGGUGAAACCUGUAAAAUAAUUU